AUUAAUUACAAUUAAAAAAUAACACAUUAAACAUUUUUUACGCAUUUUUACACUUAUUUUUUGCACCGCGGAACGUUUCUCACUGGAUGAGUUUCGGGGGGACCGAUUAUACCGGAGCACCAACUAGCGUCCAUGACUUCAGACAACAACAAACCACAGUGAACAUGAACGAAGAAGCUGACGAGACCGUGUCGGGUGGCCCCGUGAAUGGGAAAUCUUCUUAUAAUAAACACACGGAUGGAAGCGUCGAUAAGAGCGUGGUUGUGUGCAAGCUGUGCAACAAGGAAUUCACAUCGAGCCUCAAGUAUCACCUCAACGCAACACAAUUAGCAGCUAGCGUGGACGUACAAGGACCCACACCCAACCCACACUGCACCAGAUGACUGGUUUAAGGACCAGGGUAACUAAGUCCACGUCUGAAAAAAUAACCAAUGUUCUGAAUGUACUUGAAAGUAUUGGUCUACUUAAAAAAACAUAGUUUACAGAAGGUCUACUUACCUAUAGGCUACCUGAAUUUCUGAAAGUACUAUAUUUCUAAAUAUGCUAUUUCUACACUUGUCUGCUGGAAUUGGUUGAACAAUUUUGAUUAAUUAAUUACAAAGCCUCUAAUUAAUUAGAUUAAUAUUUUUAAUCGAGUCCCGGCCCUAAUUCUAAUGUUUUAUUUGUUUAGAGUAAGUUAUGAACCUGUAUGAAUUAAUACAGGUGGUUAUCACAUGGUUAAAAAGGAAGUGAACAUUAUUUACAGUAAAGCAUGAAAGUGCAAUGAAACUGUUUAACUUGUAUCUCUGCCGCCAGAAACACUUUCAAGUUGCAUUUAUUUCUUAAUCUGCAAUUAUUGUUUGUGCUUUUUCUUUUCGUAUGUUAAAUUAAUGGUAAACUUGCUCGACCACAUUACAAAAGAUCCAAGACAGUUGGAUCAAUUCAAAAUAAACGAAUAAAAAAGAAUUCAAAACGUGAUCUACAGGCAACUACACCAUAAAGAUUUGCUCCACCAGAGUGAGCUGUUGUUCCUAAACAUCUCUUCUCCUGUCACAACUCAUCACAGUCACAUCUCUUUCACCACAAAAGCACCAGAAAAAUCUAGUGUGGAUAAUAUUUUACAUUUUAACGUAAUAUUCAUAUGUUUUAAGUAGUUUCAUAUUGUGGUACGGACAUUGAUGUUGAUGUGAAAUUAGUUGUUUUCCAGUAAAUAUCAGUGAUCUUUUCUCCUCCAGACACAUAUAUCUUCAUGUUUUGUCCCUGCAGAGCCGCAUUAAAAACGGCAUAACUUUGAAAAAAGAUAAUAAUAAAGUCCCAAGAACAGGGAGGGACCUGUUGGACUUCUAAACAUAUUCCUCCUAUUUUUAAAUUUACAUAAAUCACUGCGGAUUUAAAUGUUCAGUUUCAGGUUGUCAAAGCCCAGUCACUUAGUUUUAUAGCAAUAUGUGCUUUAUUUAAAUGUUGAACAACCGGCUGUGUUCGGUGUGUCCUCACAGAGAAGGUCCUUCACGUGAGGAGUUGCCACGAAGCAGAAGGUUAUGAAACUGCACUUUAUGCGUGUGUGUGUGUGUGUGUGAGUGUGAGUGUGUGUCAGUGAGUGGAGACUUUAGCAUUGUUUAGGAUAAAAAUGAACACCCUUAAAUCCUUUAAGUUCAACUUUAAGACAUCACAGGGAAAGUGUUUUUUUUCAUAACCAAGAAUUGGAUUCACAACAUUCAACAAUAAACCGUCGACUGACUUGAUAGUUUUUGAGGUAUAAGAAGAGAAAAAUCCCCAGUGAAUUGUGUCUCUUUUAUAAGUAGAUCUCACAUCUUGACCAUGUGACUCUAUUCCCAUCCUAAAAGGACAAAUGGGACCUAAUGAAAGGGAGGAAAAAAAGUUGCAUAAAUGAGAAAAAUAUGGGAGGGAUGGACGAAGCCGAUCUGAGGGAGUGAAAGAAGAAGAAAGAGGGAGGGAGAAGAGAAUAGACGACAGGACCAAACCAAGUGGCUUCUCUUCCUCCGGUGCUCUCUCCCUUCUUUCUCCUGGUGACUCCAAGCUGAGAUCAACAGAGAGGAUGCUGUGCUUGGGCUCCUUGUGCCCGCUCCUCCUCCUGCUCCUCCUCCUCCCCCCUCAACUGUCUGCCCAGGAGGCGCUUGUACGCCUGGCAGGCGUGGGCCGCCGCAAUGCGAACGAGGGGCGCGUGGAGGUGUUCUACAACGGCGCAUGGGGCACCGUGUGCGACGACGAGGUGGACCUGAACCUGGCCAACGUGGUGUGCCGACAGAUGGGCUUCCAGCGCGGCCUGACCUGGGCACACAGCGCAAAGUUCGGCGAGGGACAAGGUCUGAUCUGGUUGGACAACGUGCGCUGCGUGGGCACAGAGCCCUCCAUCGCAGACUGUCGCUCCAACGGUUGGGGAGUCAAUGACUGCACCCACGCCGAGGACCUGGGGGUCAUCUGCAGCCCAGAGCGGAGGCCAGAACUCCCCGCCGCGUCCGCGCAGGACACUCCUUCGUCCUCCAGUCUGCAGCCGAGCGAGCAGAGGCAGAGCGACCCGCCGCCCCGGGCCCAGAUGCCCUCCUCUUCUGCCAGAGGCCACGAGAUCGCCCUCCAUCGCAACCCGACGUCUUCCCGCCGCAGCAGCAUCUCCCCCCAGGAGAACGGCCACGAGAUCCGGAUCUCCCAAAGGAAUCGAGGUGGCUCCAGAGGGAGCCCACACGACAACCCGGCUCUGCCGCAGGGGCACGAGCUGCCCUCGCGCCUGGUCAACGGCGCGUCCUACCGGCAGAGACAGGACGCGGCGGGGAACAGCCCUCAAGCCGUGAGAAGAGAGGCAGCGGGACGGGCGAACGCGGCGCCCCAAUCCCAGUCCGAGCGGAGGAGCGACAGGCUCAGCGGGAACCACGUGGAAGCGCAGCCCGUUCAUCCAGAUGUUGAACCGGAAACUGAUGUGCACUUCACACAGGGAUCCAACAGGGUCCACUUGGAGGAGGCCCGUCUACGGCCCGUGCUGUCCAGCAACCACGGAGGCCUCGUGACGGAGGGAGUGCUGGAAGUGAAGCAUGCUGGGAGGUGGCGUCAUGUGUGUAACCGAGGCUGGGACCUGAGCGGCAGCCGCAUCGUCUGUGGCAUGUUAGGAUUCCCUGCUGCAGAAGGGUUUGACCAAAACGCCUACAGGAAACUGUGGGACUCUAAGAUAGCUGAUCCGUCCUCGAGGCUAAGGACGCUGACCAGUAAGAAGGCCUACUGGGUGGAGAAGGUGCAGUGUCAGGGCGUGGAGGUCUCCCUGGCGCAGUGCCAGGCCCAGCUGUCCAUCCCCAGGAGUGAUGUCCCAUGCCGCGGCGGCAUGCACGCCGUGGUCCGCUGUGUCCCUGGACCACAGUUCACACGCUACGGCAGAGCCCCUGCACCACCUGCCACGCCGCCCGUCGUGCGUCUGAAGGCGGGGCCCCGGCUCGGGGAGGGCCGCGUGGAGGUGCUGAAGGAGGGGAAGUGGGGCACAGUGUGCGACCACCUCUGGGACAUCACUGCGGCCAGCGUGGUCUGCAGGGAGCUGGGCUUUGGGACGGCCAAAGAGGCGCUCACCAAGGCUCAGCUGGGACAGGGUACGGGCCCCAUCCACAUGAACAGUGUGCAGUGUGUCGGCAGGGAGAAGUCGAUCACAGAGUGCACCUACCGACCUGUGCCGCUUUACACCUGCAAGCACAACCAGGAUGUGGCCGUCCGCUGCAACGUGCCCAACACCGGCAUGCAGGCCACGGUGCGUCUGGCAGGAGGCAGAGAGCCGUCACAGGGCCGCGUGGAGGUGCUGAUGGAGGUCGGGGGGGCGAAGCGUUGGGGCUCCGUCUGCAGUGAGAACUGGGGCAUCAACGAGGCCAUGGUGGUGUGUCGGCAACUUGGUUUGGGCUUCGCCUCAACGGCUCAUCAGGAGACCUGGUACUGGCCCGGUUCUUCGGAUGCUGGUGAGCUGGUUCUGAGUGGAACCCACUGCAGCGGCACCGAGAUGUCGGUCCAGCAGUGUCGCAGAAACACCAACGUCUACUGUCCCAGAGGAGGAGAAGGCAGGGCUGCAGGAGUCACAUGUGCAGAAACCGCUCCGGACCUCGUGCUGGACGCUCAGCUCGUCCAGGAGACGGCUUACCUGGAGGACCGGCCCCUGCACCUGCUGACCUGCGCCAAUGAGGAGAACUGCCUUUCCUCCUCCGCUGCCAGGAUGAACUGGCCCUAUGGGCACCGCCGCCUGCUGCGCUUCUCCUCCCGCAUCAUGAACAUGGGCCGCGCCGACUUCCGACCCAAAGCCACCAGAGAAAGCUGGACAUGGCACCAGUGCCACAGGCACUACCACAGCAUCGAGGUGUUCACCCACUACGACCUGCUCACUCUCAAUGGGACCAAGGUGGCUGAAGGUCACAAGGCCAGCUUCUGCCUUGAGGACACCUACUGCCCUGAAGGUCUCCAUAAGCGGUACGCCUGCUACAACAUGGGACAGCAGGGCAUCUCCGUGGGCUGCUGGGACACGUACCGCCACGACAUCGACUGCCAGUGGAUCGACGUUACAGACAUUCGACCUGGUGAAUACAUCUUUCAGGUGGAGGUCAACCCGUCCUUAGACAUGGCGGAGUCCGAUUUCCAGAACAACGUGAUGCGCUGUCGCUGCAAGUACGACGGAGAGCGAGUUUACAUGUUUGGAUGCCACGCAGGCGAUGCUUACAGCGCCGAGGCGGAGGACCUGUUCGACCACCAGCAUCAGAUCUCCAACAACUUCCUGUGAAUUAAGGAAGGUUAAGGACAAAACAACUCGUCACCGCACCUCGGCAUGUCAGGGGAAGGAGGUCAAAGGGCAAUGACAGGUUUAGUAAAUAGAAAGAUGAGGGUCAGACGGAUCUUAUGGAAGACACUUACAAAAUUGACUAAUUGGGAUCUCGUGGCUAAUGGUGUUCAGCAGUGACUGCUCCUGUUAGAAAGCCAAAUAGAUUGAAGGAGAAAUGUACGUAAAGGAAAAGACAAAGUAGAAGAAGACCAGUUGGCCGUCACAAGCAUCGUUGCCUUUGAUAAAACAGAGUAGUUAUUUUUUAAAAAGCAUCACAAUCUUUGGAGUAAUUUAACCUUGAUCAAGACUUGACCACAACGUAGAAAGUAAUGACUUGAAGGCACAAGAGACAUCCUUUAGCUUCAGAACAGGCCAUGUGUCUCCGACAUGAUGUCAACACACGUGACGGAGUGCCUACGACACUUCACUGUGAUGUCACUGCUCACAUUACUAAAGCAGUAUUCACUGUUACAACUGGGGGUCUUGGUUUUAAUGAGAAUAUUUUUAUUUCAUGGUGCUAUUUUGCCUUAUUUGAAUAAAUAUUUUAAUGUAUUGCAAAUGUAUUGUCAUGUACAGUUUAAUAAUACCUCUCUGGAAUAUUGUUCUUUAGGUCUCUAAUUUAUGCAAACAUUUUAAUGUACUUUUGAGUUGAAACUUGUCCCUGUGUGGCUGUGUUUUGUGUUAUAUUUUCACUUGUUUCUUUUUCAACUGUUUAACAUCAUUAACGCCCUCAACAGUACUUGGUAAAGGUAGCAAAAGAAUAAAUGUCAGAUGGCAAACUAUGUUUAUUUGAAGAACAGUUAUUUGGCUGCAGUUUCUAACCCUAAAGAAAAGAUAACGUUAGCGCCUGCAGGAGAUUUGGGGAAUAUGCUUCCUCGCUUAAAUGGAUUCCCUUAUUUAAAUGACGAUGUAGGAAAGUUACAAGGACCUUAUGAAGGUUUGAUAGUCUGAUCACGACAGCAUGUAGACUCCUUUCAGCAAAUUUAAAAAAAGAUCUACAGUAAAAAGCUGGGUUUCACAUCUUUUCCCGUAGUUUAUGGUUGUUUCCAACCUCAUUCCCACUCAUGAACUCUGUGGAAACUCACAGCUGCCCAUUGUCACAAUACAUAGGCUGUACUUUAAAAAGAUCACAUCCUCGGCUUUAAUUGCUUCCCUUUUAUGAGUUAAGAGUAGAAAACUAUUAUUACUUUGUAUAUAUGAAGUAAA